AUGUCAUUACUAACAUUAUACUUAUUCAGAAGAGUCCACACCCGGAGGAAGAGGGUUUCUUUCGGAAUCCACUCCCUCCUCACCGGCGUCUCCAACCUCCGCGCCGCCCGCGGCGACGUCGCCGGCGCGAACCGCGCCCAUCUCAUCGCCGAGAAGCUGGAGCGAGGACUCGAAUUGGGGAUCUGGGGAUUCGCCUGGUCAAUCGGUUGGGACUACGCGUGGAGGGACUUCGAGUACAGUGAGCUGCUCGGCGCCGUUUCGGAUCUGAACAGCCUGAUUUCGGUCCUGGGCGGGUUGACCUCGGCCAGAUCCGACGCCGAGAGAGCGGCUUGGGCGGCGCAAAAUUACGGCAAUCUGGCAAAGAUGGCGAGAUCGACGUUGCGUAAGAUAUUGAGCACUUUCAACAAGAAGUAG